GGACUUUCCCUUGUGGUGAGCUACCAAAGUCUUUCCCUUUUAUUUAUUUCUUUUUUUCGCGUCUUCACCCUUUUUAACUGUCUGACUCACAAUUCACAUGGUACCUGAGUGAGCUGAGAUCAUAAAUCAAAGUUCCAUUUUUGUUUCUUGUCAAUUUUUUUCCAAUAUCGAUUCGGUCACCAAACGAUAAAGCUUACGGAGUAGAGAGUAGUAGGUAUCCAUUAUCUAGCUUCUCCCCCUUCUCCUGUCUGUCUUUGCCUUUCUUUAUCUCUCCGUCUAUUUUGUUUUUCCCAUCUUCAGAUGCCCUGCGAGAUGAUGCAUCACUGGAAGAGAGCAUGAGUUUCGUAAGCAAUGGUUUCGGUUUCUGGUCGGGAUUUACUGUUCUUCUCCUCCUUGUGGCUCGGUCUUUUGGGCUAAAUAUGGACGGAGUUCUUCUACUUUCCUUCAAGUACUCUGUUCUGAGUGACCCUUUGUCAGUGUUAGCGAGUUGGAACUACGACGACCAAACGCCUUGCUCAUGGAACGGAGUUAUGUGCACCGGAAUUGGGACUGCGGCCACGGGCGAUUCUCUUCGUGUCGUCAGCUUGGUUCUCCCUAGUAGUCAGCUUCUGGGUUCCGUUCAUCCAGACCUGGGCAUGAUCGAACACCUUCGCCAUCUCGAUCUCUCCAAUAAUUCCCUCAACGGAACUCUCCCCGCCUCGUUGUUCAACGCUUCUGAGCUUCAAUCACUCGCUCUCUCCAACAACGUUCUUUCUGGUUCGUUGCCGGAGUAUGUCGGUGGGCUCAAUAACCUCGAAUUUCUCAACCUAUCCGACAAUGCCUUGGCGGGAAAGAUCCCUGACAAUCUAACUGCGCUUCCUAAUCUCACCGUCCUUUCCCUCAGCAGCAAUUACUUUUCUGGCGGUGUGCCCAGCGGAUUUGAAGGUCUAGAAGUUAUCGAUCUGUCGUCCAACCUGAUCAACGGAUCGUUGCCUGCAAAUUUCGGAGGAGAUAGACUCCGGUACUUGAACCUCUCUUACAAUAGGCUCUCCGGAGGUAUCCCACAGGACUUUGCAAAGAAAAUCCCUGCCAAUGUUACUCUCGACCUCUCCUUCAACAAUUUAACCGGAGAAGUCCCGGAAUCCGGAACUUUCAGUGAUCAGAAGACGGAGUCAUUUGCCGGGAACCCUGAUCUAUGUGGGAAACUCCUUAACAAACCAUGUUCCAUUCCUUCUUCUUGGGUCUCUACUCCUCCAAAUGUCACCGAUGCCACGUCUCCGGCAAUUGCAGUGAUGCCCAAGGCUAUAAACUCAACCCCUGUAACUGGGUCGAGCGGGAAUGGGAUUCAAGGCACUCAACAGCAGGGGCGAAGCGGGCUUAGGCCAGGAGCGAUAGUGGGCAUCGUCGUUGGGGAUUUGGCGGGACUUGGUUUGCUGUCGAUUAUUUUGUUUUAUGUGUACCAAUUGAAGAAGAAGAAGAGGAAGGUGAGCAGCACAGGGGUCGGAGAAAAGAAGGUGUUUGAAAAGGAAGGAAAAGAGGAAUGGUCCUCAUCACUAGACUCCAAAGGGCUGGCGUGGUCGUGUUUGAGAAAGAAAAGCGUAAAAGAUGAAGAAACGUCGGAAUCAACAAGCUCCGACAGCGACGAGAACGAAGAGGAACAAGUGACCUACGAUCAGCAGCAACCGAAACGAGGAUCACUUGUGACGGUGGACGGUGAAACGGAGCUGGAACUGGAGACUCUUCUCAAGGCUUCAGCUUACAUACUUGGAGCGACAGGUUCGAGCAUCGUGUACAAGGCGGUGCUUGAGGACGGGACGACGUUGGCUGUGCGGAGAAUCGGAGAGAGCGGCGUAGAGAAGUUGAAGGAGUUCGAGAAUCAGGUCAGACUCAUCGCUAAACUCCGCCACCCUAACCUUGUUCGCAUCAGAGGGUUCUACUGGGGUUCGGACGAGAAGCUCGUCAUCUACGAUUACGUCCCCAAUGGCAGCUUAGCCAACGCCUGUCACAGGAAACCGGGUUCAUCACCAUAUCAACUACCGUGGGAGGCGAGGGUGAAGAUAGCAAGAGGAGUGGCUAGGGGCUUGGCGUACCUACACGAGAAGAAACACGUCCAUGGCAAUUUGAAGCCCAGCAACAUACUCUUGGGCGCUGAUAUGGAGCCUAAAGUCGGAGAUUUGGGCCUGGAGAGGCUGGUGUGGGGAGGUGACAAUAGCUACAAAGCGGGUUGGUCCGCUCGGCAUUUCGGGAGUAAGAGGUCCACGGUGUCCAGGGACAGCCUUAGCCUACAACAAGAUCAGCUACCAACGGGAGCUAGCCCCAGCAUUAGUUCUAUGGGCGGCAAUUCCCAAUAUCCGGCUCCCGAAUCCCUCAAGAAUCUGAAGCCCAACCCAAAGUGGGACGUCUACUCCUUUGGUGUCAUCUUACUAGAGCUUCUCACCGGGAAGAUACUCUCUGAGGCAGAAUUGGCUCAGUGGAAUACUUGGUUUGUGGCCGGUGAAGACAGGAACCGGGUUCUUAGGAUGGCUGAUGUGGCCAUCCGAGCUGACGUGGAAGGGAAGGAUGAGGCUUUGCUGGCUUGCUUUAAGUUGGGGUUUGGCUGUACGUCCGUGGUUCCCCAAAAGAGACCCACCAUGAAGGAAGCUGUCCAAGUCCUUGAUAAGAUACCAUCCUCCUCUUCCUUACAUCUUCUUUAUGCCGCGCCCGGUGCUAUCCAGUGCCAACUGAUGGACGCUGCUCACCCAGGGAUCGUUCCGAUGCAUAAGGUCAACUUUGAUGCCAAGAGCGAAUACGAGAUGAUCCAGAACUACAAGGUUCUUCAGGAUGUCUUCAAUAAACUCAAGAUCACAAAGCACAUUGAAGUGAACAAGCUAGUGAAGGGAAGACCCCUUGAUAACCUGGAGUUCAUGCAGUGGAUGAAGAGAUACUGUGAUUCCGUCAAUGGUGGACUUCUGCACAGUUACAAUCCUCUGGAAAGGAGAGAGACUUGCAAAGGUGGAAAAGAAACAAGCAAGAGAACUGCACCCACACAGGCUUCAACCAAGUCCUCAACCACUGCUUCCAAAACUCAUUCCUCUCACAAUAGUCGAAGGAACGAGGCAUCUUCUGUUAGCUCAACUAAUCCAUCCCUUAAGACUGCAAAACCUGCUUCUAAUGGACCAUCUGCUUUUAAUGGAGGGCCUGCUUAUGAUGAACAGAUCACCGAGCUGAAGCUCUCAGUAGAUAGCCUUGAGAAGGAGAGAGAUUUCUACUUUGCGAAAUUGAGGGAUAUUGAAAUUUUAUGCCAGAGUCCUGAAAUUGAGCACUUACCGAUUGUCAGUGCGAUACAGAGGAUAUUAUAUGCAGCUGAUGACAGUGGUUCAGCAGUGGCAGAAGCACAAGCCAUGAUAUCCCAGCAACAGAAUCAUCCAAAGUCUUUGAGUCCUGUUCUUGAGGUUGAGGAAGAGACUCCAAAAAUAGAAACUCAGAAGAGGAAAAAUAUCUUGACUCUUGAGGUUGAUAGUGUGGCCAAUUCAACAUUGUCUCCAAGACAAAGGAUAUCUGAUGCAUCUGAUAGCACUUCCUGGAGAAAGGGGUCAACAGAAGAAAUCAAAGGGAAGGAGAUUGAAAAGGCGAGUUUGAAGCAAAGCGAAGAAGGGUUAAUGGAUGACAAGAAGCAGAUCUUCAUCUUAUCUGGGCAGAGCAACAUGGCCGGAAGAGGAGGCGUUAGUGGAACCCCACACAAGAAGUGGGACGGAGUGGUGCCUCCUGAGUGCCGGCCUGACCCUUCGAUCCUCCGGUUGAACGCGGGAUUGCAGUGGCAAGAGGCCCAUGAACCCCUCCACACCGACAUAGACACCAAGAAGGUCUGCGGGGUUGGACCUGGCAUGUCCUUUGCCAAUGCCAUCCGAUCCAGGGGCUCGAACGUGAGCGUGAUUGGUCUGGUGCCGUGCGCAGUGGGUGGGACGGCGAUCAAGGAGUGGGAGCGAGGGCACCACCUGUAUAAGAAUAUGGUGAGGAGGGCCAGAGAGUCGGUGAAAGAGGGUAGUGGCGAGAUCAAGGCCGUGCUUUGGUACCAGGGUGAGAGCGACACCUUUUCCCAACACGAUGCACACUUCUACAAGGCAAACAUGGAGAAACUCAUCCGAGACUUCCGUUUCGACCUCCAUUCCCCUUCCCUCCCUUUCAUCCAGGUCGCUAUUGCAUCUGGGAAUGCGCAAUUCAUAGAGAGGAUCAGAGAAGCACAACUGGGAAUCAAUCUAGAGAACGUUGUAUGCGUCGACGCGAAAGGGUUGUCGCUCAAGGACAAUCUCCACCUCACUACGGAGGCUCAGGUUCAGCUUGGAAACAUGUUAGCGGAUGCAUAUCUCACCCACUUUGCAUCAAAUGCCCGUUGUCUCACCUGAAUGCUCUUUUUACCUCGCUCGCUCUUCGUUGUUUUAAUCCAGAAAAAAGAUGGGAUCCUUU